GCUUGUGCAAAGGGGGGCGUUUAAGCUGCCGCACAGCUGGCGGGGCGUAGGACAGUGAUGUGUUCGGAAAUAAGAUUCGCGUGUUUUGUUUUUCGUUCAGUCUGACGGCACAGACUUGUCUUCCUGCUGCGAUCCCAGAUACUGCAUCGUUCACAAGCAUUAAGUCUGAGAUCUAAAGAUGAAGAAGAAGGAGGGGAAGACGCGUCACGUCGUGGCCUGGAUGAACAAAGCGGAGUACGAGCAUGUGCUGGAGUAUUUGUUCUCCAAAGAGCCCGCGCUGCAGAAACACGCUCUGCACAGAAUCUCUGCGUGGAAGGGCAGGUUUGGACAAAGCACUCCAGUGGCUGUGGACAGCACGGCGGACCUGGUUCGUUGUCAGGUUCUGGACAGCACAGGUCAGCUGGAGGCCAACGAUCUAGUGCUGCUGUACGGCAUGGCGUUGGUUCGGUUUGUAAAUCAAAUCACAGAACGGCAACAGAAAAGAGUCGCCAGACCCUUACGAAGGUUAGCUGGGAAACUAAAUAUUCCAGAGUGGGUGGUAAACCUCAGGCAUGAUCUGACACAUCGCAGACUCCCAUCAUUAAAUUGGUGCAGAAAAGGUUGUGGAUUUGUGCUUGACUGGUUGCAUCAGGAGUACUGGUCUCGCCAGAUGGGCAGUCAGCUGGCGGAGGACUGGAACUCCUCAUCAGAAGAGGAGGACGAAGAGGAGUUUGCUAAACGGAAUGAGGAAGAGCUGCUCUAUAGACAGAAAGAGAUCGAGGCACACAAAAAAAUCCGAGAACUGUUCAUCUCUUAUGAACGAGAACAGUUUCAGACGUAUGAAGAGCUGGCAAAGCAGGACGGGCAGCGUGGUGUGUGGCCGGAUGCCAGCGCUGAUCUCAGCUGGAUCCUGACGCAGAUCAAACACUUUGCCACGGAGGCCAGAGAUGUCCUCAUUGAUGUUUUAAUGCAGGAUGGAUUCCUCAUUCCUACUGCAGAACAACUGGAGUCUUUGGAUAUUGACCCCUCAGAGGACUCUGUGGAUAUGUCAGCCCCAAGUCUUCCUCGAGUGUUUUUGCAGUUCUGGUUGCCAUGUUUGAAGGUCUUGAAUUCGUCCAUCAUUGUAAAUCUGAUCCUUGAUAAACUGUUCGCUGAGCUCUCGGAUGAGCCAUCCAGUCACAGAACUUACUACAUCGCCUCCUGGAUCUCCGAAAUAUUACUCUGCAACAGCAAAAGUGAAUUAAAGGCUCACAAGCGACUAAAAAUGUCCAAGGAAAGGAUCUUCAUAAACAGAUUACAGUUUCCAUGGCAGAAUCUGAUUUCUACAUGUGUAAACGCACCAUGCCCAGCUACACCGUUCCUUCUGCGACAGUGAAUUUUGAAUGACAUGGAUAAGCCCCUCCCACAUGACGCCCAGCAGAACCUGCUCCGGCUCUGUAGCAUUUACACACAGGGUUACCAUGAAAUCACGUCCCCCGGACCCUCAGACCCAGCUGAGCCUGUGUACACCCUGCAAAACCUUCAGGACAGGCUCAAGAGUAAUGCCACAACCCAAUCUAACCACACCCCCAGUCCCAUGCAGGCUCCGCCCACAGAGGACCUCCAGGAAAACCUAAGUGCAGAAACUGUGCAGGAGAGAAACUUUGCGUUACGAGGGUCAGCAUGGACUGUGUGCGCAGAUAAAGUCCCCUGGAAACAGUACCCGCUAGGAAAGGUUCCAGGGCAGCCGGAGGACCCCUCCUGUUUAAUGGUGGAGUGUUAUUCUACGUUUACUGUGUUUGACCAGCAGGUGGCGCUAGAUCGGCUCCUCCAGCACCAUGGCAACAGGAGUGGUCCCAUUCAGAGCAGAUCCAGUGGAGCAGAAGGGGCGCUUUGGACGCACAGUGAUUUGAGCAAACUAAAAGCUGGACUCCAACUAUUCUAACACACACACACACACACAAAGAUACUCAGCAGACAGAAGAUGCUGAACCGCCGACCUUGAACUAUGAACCCUAUGAUGUUAAAGACAAACACUUGAGGGCUAAGCUGGACUGAGGCUCUUCUAGACAUACAUACACACACACACACACACACAUUUCCAAUCUCUCUGUUUGCAUCUGACAUGACCAUGCAUGGUUGGAAACAGUCAGCUGUUUUUCUUAAUUCAUGUCCAUCUUUGUUAGAAUGAAUAGAGGUGGUCUGUCUCACACUAAUGUUAUUACAGUACAGGCUGCAGUCUGAUUAGCUCAGCUCUUGGUGUCUGUUCAAACCAUCCAGAAGUGAAACUCUUAUGAGCAAUGUCUCGUGAGGUUCUAAUGAAGAAGUUGGUGCUGUUUGAGAAAUGUUGUAAAUUACAUGACAUUAUUUUUGAACACGGAGUUGCCAAAUAAAUUUCAUUUUGUAUCGUGCA